AUGUUUAGAAGCAUUGUACCCUCAACUAUCGGUCUAAAUAAUUCUAAAUAUGUACAUGCAAAUAUUGAUGAGGAUCUUAUUCAUUACAACAUAAAUAAAAGUGUAAUUAACCAUAACAGAGAAAAUGAUGAACAUAUUUCACAUGAACAUAUAAUAAACGUUUCUAAUUCCUAUAACAUAAAUAUAGAAAACCUAGAAAAAUGUAAGACACCUGAAGAAAUAGCAAUAAAGAUUUUAAAGACGCAAAAUUUAGGGAAUAAAAGAAAAUACACAGAUGAUAAUCAUAUAUUUUAUCAAAAAGCGAAAAAAGGCUGUAAUGUAAACUAUGAACAAAUAUUCUACACCAAUGAAUACCCAAAUGGGAAUAAUGUACCUGCACAGGAUAAACUACGAAUGAGUGAUGACUAUUCCUCCAGUCAUUAUUUUAGAAACAAUUGUGCAGGUUAUUACAUAGAUGAAAAGUCAAGUAAUACAUAUAAGAGACAGAGCGAUGCCAAAUUAAUCGGCCCCCCACAUAAUACUCCAUCGACUGAAAAAUGUACAAACAAAGGAAGCAGCAGGAGGACCAGCGGAAGAAGCAGUAACAGCAACAACAGUAACAACAACGAAAGCAACGAAGGCAAUGUGGGAGACGGAUUCAUAAACGGCAGAGUCGUUACAAACAACUUCAUCUCGUCCAGUAAUCCCAAUUUCAAUGUAGAAAUGCGCAAAAAUAAUAUGAACAGCACUCGCAGCAAUAGCUAUAAAGAAACCACUAAUAGUAACAAUAAUAGCUAUAUCGAUGAGCAGUUAAUAAACGAAAUGGAUAUGAUCAAACUUGCUUAUAAGAGUCAAUUCCAUAAACUAAAGAAUAUCAACAUAAUCAUGAACCCGUUAAAUGCUAACAUAAAAAAUGAGCAUCUCAACUAUCAUAAUUUAUUUGGUAAGAAAAAUUAUGAACACCACUCAGAUUGUCCGAACUCUAACACGUAUCAGCAUGGGAUUCAUGAUGAAUCAUAUCAUCGUGCGGACCAAAACAUGAAAGAUCAGCAUACAAAUAAUAAUAUGAUAUAUAAACGUAGGAAUGAUUAUGAAUCGUAUAAGCACACGAAUGGUCAGCAACACAAUCAGUAUGUGGACAAUUUUAUUAACCGCCAUAAUUAUGAUAUACACCAAAGUUAUCACAACCACCAGCUGUCUCAAUACACCUGUAAUUUGGGGAUAACCGUCCAACGUGAAUGUAAUUCAAAUAAAAACUCCACAAACAUAUUUUUGAAGAAAGAAAAUGAAAAAGGAAAAGCAAAUGGAGUGGAAUCACAAAGAGGAAUGGAAACACAAAGAGGAGUGGAAGCACAAAGAGGAGUGGAAGCACAAAGAGAAGUGGAAGCACAAAGAGAAGUGGAAGCACAAAGAGAAGUGGAAGCACAAAGAGAAGUGGAAGCACAAAGAGAAGUGGAAGCACAAAGAGAAGUGGAAGCACAAAGAGAAGUGGAAGCACAAAGAGAAGUGGAAGCACAAAGAGAAGUGGAAGCACAAAGAGAAGUGGAAGCACAGAUAGAAGGGGAAACACAGAAAGAAGGGGAAGCUCAUUAUGGGGUUAAGGAUAAGGAGAAGGUCCAUAAGAAGGAAGAACUAAAUCAGAAAGAGACUACACAAGCUUACGACUACGACAAUCCUCCGACGCUUCUUCAAUUUGCAAGUGUAAAUGAACAACAUACAACUACUGAUAAAAAUAUAAAAGAAGCUCACAUAGAAUAUUACUCUAAUAAUAAAACAUAUGAACCACUAAUUAAUGGAAUAAAUGAGUUAAAUAAAAUUAAUCAAAUAAAAAGAGGGCAGGCGCGAAGAAGCACAACAAAGGACAAGGCCGAAAAGGAAAUGUCUAAUUUGUCCAGCUCAUCUACCUUAAAUAGUAUAAAAAGGGAAAAUGUAAGAGAAGAAAAUGUAAGUGAAGAAAAUGUAAGUGAAGAAAAUGUAAGAGAAGAAAAUGUAAGUGAAGAAAAUGUAAGUGAAGAAAAUGUAAGAGAAGAAAAUGUAAGAGAAGAAAAUGUAAGUGAGUUAAGAGAUAGAGAAGACGAACUGGAGGAAGAGAACAACUGUGGAAGAAAGAACAAAGGAAAUAUACCAACAAACUUAAAUUCGUUUAAACCAGAUUUAGUACAUUCAUAUGAAGUAAGUAAUAAUGCAAAGCCCCUAUUCGAAAAUGAAGAUAGUCAAAUAACACAAAAAAGGGGACAAGUGGAGAACAAGGAGGAGAAAACGGAGGAUGAUAAUAACAAAAUGCAGUACAAGGGGAAUGACACAUCAUGCUUACUAUUCGAUAGAAACAUUGAUCUGUUCUUAAGUUUAAGUGCGAAUGAUUUAAAUAAAAACAAAAAGAUUAAGAGAAUAAUAACAUGCAUUGAGGAUUGCCUGAAGAAUAACAAAAAUCUCAUUUAUGAUAAAACGAAUACCGUACAAAUUAUAUUUGACAGGAUUUUCUAUAAUGUGAAGCAAUUUUUAAAUACCGAAAUUAGUUAUCGAGGAGGCGGGCAAAAGAAGGCAGCGCGCACUCCGUCCGACGGUGAUGGUAAUGCUAAUGUAAAUGCAAAGGAAAAUGUAAAUGAUGACAAUGAUAAUGAAGCUGAUUAUAAUGCUAUCUAUGCCGCUGAAUAUGGUGCUGAUUACGAUGAUGAUUAUGAUGCCAAUGCUAAUAGAGGUAACGCCGACAGUCGGAAGGACAAACCAAAAGAACUUGAACUGUCUAGCUCGGGUAAUCCCAGAAAGACAAGCAAAAAUAGAAGCAAUAUGAGCAGUAACAACGAAAUAAUGAGCGAUAUAAUAUAUGGGCACUACAACAUUUUGCUGUACUUAAUUUUAUUAAAUUUCGAAUAUUUUAAGAAAUAUGUUGACACAAAUGAUCUUAACGAAAACGUUCUAAUAUACCUAAAAAUUAACUUCAAGAACAUUAUUCUAAAACUAUGUGAAAGUGAAAUUAAAAACAGAAUAAUUCAAUUUUACAAUAUACAUGAAUCAUAUUUAAUACAACUAAAUUGGAUAUAUGAAAAAUGCUUGUUUUAUGUAUUUGAUAUUUAUAUAUAUAUUGAAAAAUAUGACACAGUGCUAGUGAACUUGUUAGACUUGUGCAUAUUAUCCUUUCAAACACAUUACAAUGUUCAGAAUAUUAUUGUCAAUUCAAUCAAUUUACUUUUAAAAGUGUACAGCAAUAAUAAUAGAAAAAAUUUUAAAAAGUACAUACUAGAUAACCUACUACUAAAUAUAAACAAUGUAAAUUUUAAAUAUAACAAGUUAAAUUUUAAAAACAGUUAUACUAACUCAACCUACAUACAUCUUAUCACGUUCUUUUUUAUAAAAAUUGCUGAAUCGUUUUCUUAUUACGAUGGAAAUUUAAGAAGCAAGUUUUUAUUGUACCAGGAGAGGGUAAUAAAUAAACCACGUGAAAAUGCAAAUUAUGGAAAGUGUGCUAGGGGAAAAUAUGGAUACAAGGAUAAUGAGAAGGUGGAGCAUGACUACAUGGAUAACUACACGGAUGACUGUGCAGAUGAUGAUGAUGAUGACGAUGAUGAAUAUCGUGUAGACGAGGAAUAUAAAGCAAAAUCCAAGGUUUGCAGCAGCACUGUGUACGCCGAAUGCACCGAACACACCUCUUCACAGUCAGAUGAAUCUUUUAACUUAAGUAUGUUUACAAGCGAAGACGAACACAAUAGUAUUAGUAAUGAACAUAUUUCAAAAAAUGAUAGAAAACAAAAAAUGAAAAAUAAAAAAAAUAAGGUUAAUAAAAACAAAUUUAUCUCCUCCAAAAAAAAUCUCACUAGUAGCAGAAAUAUAGAAAAAAAAUAUUCCGUAAGGAUAAAGAAAAAAAUAACAAGUGAUAUUUAUGACUACGAUUUUUUGAAUGACACAAAUGAAAUUAUUAAUAUGGCUCAAAAAAAAAAAAAAUGUACCACGAGUUCAGGUAAAGAUAGUAGCGGAAGUUACGGAUGUACUGAUUUAAAAAAAAAGAAAAAAAAAAAGAACCUUAGCAACAUGAGAAGUAAUAGCAACGUGAGAAGUAAUAGCAACGUGAGAAGUAAUAGCAACAUGAGAAGUAAUAGCAACGUGAGAAGUAAUAGCAACGUGAGAAGUAAUAGCAACGUGAGAAGUAAUAGCAACAUGAAAAGUAGUAUCAACAUGAAAAGUAGUAUCAACAUGAAAAGUAGUAUCAACAUGAAGAGUAAUAGCAACUUGAAAAGUAAUAGCAGCAUGAGAAAGAAUAGCAACGCGCGAAAGCAUGGAUGCCAUGAGGCUCAGUCAGACGAGUCGUUCAACAUAUUUAUGAUGAGAAAAAAUUUCACCAGAUUAAAUAGCAUUACAAAUUACAUAUUAAUAGAAAUCAUUGAAAAGGUUUUACUUCAAGAUAAUAAAAAUGCGAAAACUAUAUUGCAAUAUCUUAUUUUAGACCUAAUAAAAUGUUGUGAUAAUCCUCUAUUUAGUAUAAGUACAUUGUUCAUAAAAAACACAAUCCAUAUUUUCAUUGAUAUUAUAAAUAAGAAAUACGAAAGUAAUAUUAAAGAAACUUGUCUAUUUAUUUUGAGAUGCAUUUUCAAGUACACAUUUAACAUCUACAACUAUAUUAAUUACUCAUGUUUUCACUUAUUGUAUAAUUUUAACAAAGAAAUACAUAAAAGUAAGUUUAUAAAACCUCUUUUUUACAUUAAUGAUGCUUUUACUGAAGCCGCUGCCACAUCCCCCAGCAGUGUUGUUAGGAUUAGUCAAAGUAGAUACACUAGUUAUUUGGGUCAUAAUCAUGAAUAUGAAUAUGAUUAUAAUGACAGCUGUAAACGUAGUUAUACUCACAAUUAUAUGCGUAAUUAUGAACAUAAUAAUAAUUAUAAUAAUAGUUAUAAUGAAGAAAGAGAAAAUAUGAGGAGUGAAAAAGGAAAAAAAAAGAGCUUACUACUACAUAGUGGCACUUCAUCUCAUGUGGACCAAAGUAGCAAUGUGUCAGGUAAAGAUCGCAGCUCUAGUAAGACAAACGAAAAAUAUAUUUAUGUAAAAUGUUGUGAUAAUAGCAUAAAGAAAAAUGAGAAACUUUUUCGAUGUGCACAGUGCGAAUGCUUCUACCAUUUAACGUGCAUCUACAAGGAUUAUAACAAGUUAAACGUGCAAAAUGGCUUCGACCGUAACUGCAGAAGCAAUAACACGAACGAGAACGGUUACAAUGAUAACAAUUACAGUGAUAACAUUGAUAGCAAUUACAAUGAUAACAAUUACAAUGAUAGCAAUUACAAUGAUAACAAUUACAAUGAUAGCAAUUACAAUGAUAACAAUUACAAUGAUAGCAAUUACAAUGAUAGCAAUUACAAUGAUAAAAAUAAUGACAAUAAUAACGACAAUAAUAUUGAUAAUCUUGCGGAAGAAAACUGCUUUGAAAAUAACCUAAGUCUGAAUUAUAAAGAGCAGGAAAAAAAAGGAGGUAGGAACGACCCAAAGAGCGAUACCUGCGUCGAAAAUAAAGAAGUAGGAACAAAAUUACGCAAACAUAAAUGCGGAACUCCUAAUAUUUUACAGUAUAACUGUGAUAACUGUAAAAUUAAAAAUAUUGUUAAGAGUUUUAUUAUAAAAGAAGCACAAAGGAAUAAUAGUUUCUUAAAUUUAAAAUUUAAAAAGAAGAAAGAAAAAUAUAAAGGCUUCUACUGUUUUGAAAAAUUUCUUACCAAUUUAAAAAUUUUCGCUAUAUAUUAUUACUACUUACUAAUACAUAUCAGAAAAGACAGAUUAAAUGAAAGAAUAGAUAAAGAUUGUAACCAUAUUUACUCAUACAUACUGCUCAUGUAUAAUAACUUUAUGUAUGAGGAUAAAAAUGAGCAUGAAGGUGAUACCAGGACUCCACAACAAGGCAAGUUGUUCAUAGAAGGGGGGAACAAAAGAAAAACAUCCAUGAAAAGUAAAAAAAAAAUAAAAAAAAAAAAAGAAAGAGGUACAAAAGGCAAGGAACACAAAGCGGAUGAGAGUAACAAAGGGGAGAUGACAAAGAAAGAUAUUAUUGUAAAAAAGCUGAACGAUUUCCUAAUAUACGAGUAUAAAAAUGUGAAGACAAAGGAAGACUCCUUUAAAUGCUUUAGAUAUACGUACAAUUUUGAUGUAUAUAUAAAUUCUGUUUGGAAAAUAUAUUUAUAUUUUUUUUUUUACGAUUUUUUUAAUAUAGCUUUUAAUCAAUUAUUUUAUAUAUUAUAUGAAAAUAGUAAUAAAAAUUUAAGGUAUUAUAGUAUUUCCAUAAUUAAUAAUAUUAUAAAUGAUAACUAUUUGUAUUUGAAGUGUAAACAGACUCAAAAUAUUUUACUGUCAUGUCUAACUGAUAAUUAUUUAAAGGUUAGAGAGUAUACUCUUUGCAUUUUUUACAAUUUUUGCAAAAAUUUUUUAGAGCUAGACGUGUUGAUAAACAACUACAACAGUGAUGUGCACGAUAAGCUCGAAGAACGUCUAUAUUAUGGUAGAAAACCUAAAAUGGUAGAAGUCAAUCCGCAUGAUAAAGGUAUAAUAAAUGACAGUGAUCAUAACACAAGAGAGAGUAAGAAGGGAACUCGGAAAGAGUUAGAAAGGGUAACAAAGAGGGAAGGUAUUAAUGCGAAUAGUGUAUCAAAUUCGAAUAGAGUCCCUAAUGCUAAUAGCACCUUAAAUAGCAGUAAUGGUCAGGUUGAUACCAAAGGGGAGCAUCUGAACAACUGUCAGGGUAUCCGCGUUGACCUGAACGAGUACAUCACGAACGAAAUUGUUGAAGCAAUAAAAAGAUCCUCAAAGGAUAUAAAAGUAAGCGUAAGGAUCAUUAGCGUUAAAAUAUUAAAGUAUAUUAUUUAUUUUAACAUAUACGCGAAAAAGUAUAUACAUGAAGAGAAUUGUGAAGAUAAUUGUAAACAAAAUUGCGAACAGAAUAACAAGGAAACUAAAACAUCUGAGGAAACACUUCAUCAAUUGAGUAGUAGUAGAAAUGAAAAGACGAAUUGUAUUGAUGAUAACAUUUUAAUUUUAAAUGAUCUUAUGGACAGAUACAUAUCUACCUUUGAUAACGAUGCUAUGAAAAAUACGGUCUUAGAAAUUUUUAUUGAAGUAUUUUUUAUUAACAUAUUUAUAUUAGCUAAGAGAAAUAAUAAGCGUAUAAAGAAAAGAAAUAUACAUGCCCAUGAGACGUCGUCAGUAGACUAUGUAGAAGAUAGUAAUGAGGAACAUAUUUUAAACUUAUCACCAUGUAGUGCAUAUGGAUCGGAAAAAGAUCAGUCAGUUGACAUACAAGAAGAGAAUUCCAAUAAAUAUAUUAAAAUAGGAAAAAAUAUGUACAAAUUGUUCAUUCAUCUAUUAUACGUUAUGAAAAAUAAACAUAACAUUAAUAUUGUGAACAAAAUGUUAGCAUAUAUGGAUAAAAAUAUAAAAAAAUAUCAAGACAAAAUAGGGUUAAUACACAAAAUUAUUAGUGAAAAGGAUAUAAAACACACAAAUAACGUAAAACUAAUUAAAAAUAAAUUAUAUGGAGAAUUUGAUAAAAAUACCAUUAUGAGCAAAAAUUGGGGCGACAAUUCUUUUGACGACAAAGAGGAAAAGAUGAGCUAUACAGAGGAAGCUGUAUGGGGUGACGAGGAAGAGAAAAAAAAAAAAAAAAAAAAAAAAAAAAAAACAGUGGCAGGAAGGACAGAAAUGAUAGGAAGCGAAAUUAGCAGGGGAAAAGAGUCUAACAUAAGGGAAGAGGUUGGUAUAGGUACAGCACUUAACAGUGAAAGCAACUUGCUUAGUGCUAAGAAUACCAUUUACAACAUAUACGUUAGCAGCUCGUACAAACAUUUAGAGAUACUGAAUAUGAAGAGCAUAAAGUACAUUCUGGAAGUGUGGGUGCAUACUUUAAUAGGAUUAUUUAUAAAUAGCAGAAGAAACAGCAUGCAAGAGAGUGAAACAAAAAAAAUUAUGAAUAUAUUUAAUAUCAUUAUUGAAAUUAUUCCUAACUUAUUUAUAAAAUAUAUCAAUUUUUUUUAUCCAUAUAUUUAUAAUAACGAUGUGUCUAAAGAUGUAUGCGAAUUAUUAUCUUCUAUUAUCCCUUAUUGCAAAUUAGAUCUACAGUUAAAACUACAAUUUAAAAAUGUUUCGUUUAAUACUUCUUUAAUAUAUCAUCCUAAUAUUUUUAUUUCAAGAUCGUACACCCAGUUAUUAUGCACAUUGCAUACAUAUAUCUUUGCUAAUUUUGUUUCUUUCAAAAAUUAUAUUGAAGACUGUUUAAUAAAAUUACAUAAAUAUAAACUAUGCUUGCUAGUUAAUAAUUAUAUUUUUCAGAUGAAUGACUUUGUAAGGGAGUUUUAUUUUAUGAAAACAGAGGAAAAGAAAAAUAUAAAAAAUAGCUUGUGUUACCUUUAUACACAGGUAAAAGGUACUGACUGCCACACACAGUUAGAUAUAAAUGGAAAUGCACAAAAUGAAAAGCAUAAGCAGCAGAAUAGUCAAAAUGACCCUAAUAACUACUUCAUUUACAAUAUCAUUGAUAUAAAAUACGAAAAGUUCGUAUGGCACUUAUAUCAGUAUAAAAAACAUGUAUUUGAAAUGUUUUCUAUAACACAGAAUGACAUUUUAAAUAUAAAUAAAUAUGCAUGGUUCAUAUCAGUAAUUUGUGAAUUUAUAAAUAUGAACAAAAUUAUUAUCAACGAUAUGUAUACAGAAGGCGUAGAUGAACAUACGCACGUUCAAAUAAAGGAAAUGCAGAAAAACGGCAAAGAGGAAAAUGGUAACGGUAGGCGAAGCAAUCAAAGUAAACAAAACUAUCGAAGCAACAAAGAGAUAACAAACUCAGACGAGUUUGACAAUGUAAAUCAAAAUAAUAGCAUAAAGUAUAUUAAACUGUCAAGUAUUGCUAGAAAUGUACAAAUAUAUAGGCAUGGCAUCUUCUACUUUGAAUAUAUGUACAAUAAACAAAAUGAGUAUAUUUCGAAAUGGAAUAUAUUAAAACUAAAGAAUGAAAUACUUUUGGAAGUCAUAAAAAAAAGAGUAACUAUUCAAAAAAUAGAAAAGUGUGUUGAUAUAUGCAGCAAUAAAUUUUUUAAUGUUGCUUUAGUUCUGGUCAAUCUAUUAGUUGAUCUAUUUUAUAUAUCAAAUGAUAUAAAAUGCAAGUGUUUCUUUCUUCUUUGUCUUAGUAAAAUAUUAUCAAACUAUUAUAAUUCUCAUUUUAUUAACGAUUUAAAACUAAGAAAUGUUUUCUUUUACUGUAUUAACUGUUUUAACCCUAUCUUACAAAAAAGCUUUUUAUACACACUCCUUCAGUUAAUUAAGACAUAUGAACAAUGCUUAAAGAAUAAGGAUAACUUAUUCCUUGCUCGAAGUAGAGCACAUCACAACUUAAGUCAAGUCCUCUCUCAAAACUGUAGAGCCAGCGCAACUGCAGCCCCGACAGAAUGCCGCAGGAAAGCUACAAAAAAGUGCCCUAAGAGAAAUAACACUACUGACAGUGAUGGGGAUGGCACUAAUGCUAGUAAUGUGAACUAUCGUAUGAGUCGCAACGUGAUUUACAGUGUGCACCAUAGUAGUACCCAUAAAUGCUUAGAGGAGAAAAAUCCCCUCGUCAAUAGCCAAACGCGAAAGGAUCGUCCUUUAAAUGAUGAAAUAAGCACCUCAUUAGAUACGUCCCAUUGUAGUAAUAUCAACGACAUACCUAACCUUCUUACAAGUAUCUCCAGGAUAAGCACAGGCACUGAAUAUGAACAGAACAGGGACAAUUCCAAAACGUACAAAAGGAAGAAUCAGACGGGUAAGGUAAAAAGAGAAGCACUAUUGGAAGAAGAAGGGACAGCAGUUGGAGGCCUAGAACAGACUGAUGAAGUGAAAGAGGAAGAUAUUGCAGAUGAGGCAGACGGGCCAAAAGAUAUAACCGAACCAGAUGAAGAGGAGACAAAAGGGGAUGUACAAAAAGAAAACGAGGAAAGACGAGUAACGAUUAAAAAAAGUGAAAAGGUUAUAUCCAACGAGUUAGAAAAAAAAGAAAAAAUAGCACAAAAGGAAAGAGAUACGAAGAAUAUAUCAAAUGAACAGAAUAAAGACAUAAUACAUGUUCUGCUAGUUGCUUCUGUAUUUGCUCCAAACAUAUUAGAUAUAUUAAAGAUUAAUAAGUUUAUGUACAAGGAUUGUACAAUUGAAGAAUUGCACUUUAUCAAAAAUUUGGGUAUUCAAAUUUUAAGUCAUUUAUAUAAAGAAGGGUUUUUACAAAGUACUAAAAUAUCACCAAGUAUUUUUUGCUUAUGUUUUUGUACUGAUGAAAAAUUAAAAACUCGAAGUGAAAAAAUUAUUCAUUCAAUUAUAGAGAAAGAAAAUUUUAACUUCUUAAACAAUCUAGCUGAAUGUUUACAGUAUUUAUUAUUUUAUAUAAUUGAAAAUCAUUAUAUGUCUAACAACAGAGACACAAAUUACAUGAACAACAUUUUGCUGUUUAGUAAAAUGGAACAGUCCUUUUUUAAAAGCCUCAUAGAUAUGUAUGAUAACUUAACAAAUACAAAAUUAAAAAUCAAUUAUUUGAAAAUUAUACUGAAAGAAAUCGAAAGUGCUUGCCACUUCGUUCGAUAUAACAAGGUCCGGAAUUUCGUGCGCGACGUGAACUGCAAGUAUAACGGUAACACGAGCGGAGGUACACAAAGCGGUAGUAAUAACCCCGGCAGUAAUAUCACGGGUAGUAAUAUCACGGGCAGUAAUAUCACGGGUAGUAAUAUCACGGGCAGUAAUAUCACGGGCAAUAACAACAUGGGUAAUAACAACAUGGGCAAUAACAACAUGGGUAAUAACAACAUGGGCAAUAACAACAUGGGCAAUAUUAACAGCGGAAGUAAUAACAGCGGAAGUAAUAACAUAGGCAAUAUUGACAGCAGUGGAGGUAGUAACAUGCUGAACGAACGGAACUGUGGUGAGGGGAAUAAUUUCGACGGCAGUAACAGGGAGGUUUUUGUUCAAGUUUAUACAAUGAAAGAAAUAUAUUUGCAUAUUGUUAACACAUAUAUGUCUUCAAUAAAACAAGCAGGUCAGGAUAUAGAGGAUGGGUCAGAGGGGAAUGAUUCGAAUUCUUCUUCUACCAAAAAUAGCUAUGUUAAUAGUUAUAUUAGCAAUGAAAAAAAAUAUAUGAAAAAAAAAGUAAAGAAAAAAGCAAAUACCAAAAAAAAAAAAAAAAAGAGAGAUAAGAACAAUAAAAGUAACUGUGAUGAGUCAUCAAAUAAUGCAAAUGCCAUAUCAGAAGAAAAUUUCAACAAAGAUGAUAUUUCUAACCUGAACAGUUCAGAAGAAAAUUAUUAUAAUGAAAAAAAUAUACUUUACAAAAUAAAAAAAAAGUAUGAUCACCUCUUAGAACAUCAUAUGAUAAUGGAUGAAUAUACAUAUAUUAAUUAUUUUCUAUUUUUAUAUUUACAAAUUUUAGUGUAUCUCAUAUCUUAUUUAAACUAUACUACGUACAAUGAAAUAGCUUUAUUAGUGUAUGACAUUAACAAAGUGUACUGUGUUAUUUCAUCAACAAUUAAUACUAGCACGGAUAUAGAAACUCUCACAUCCAAUCACAACUAUUUACACGCUGUAAAUGAACAAGUCAGACAGUUAACCAAUGAAGAUGAAAUUAAUAAUGACAAGGAAAAUGAGAAUUUCUUUUUAAUUAAUUCCAAUCUAAAUAAAAUCAAAUGCUUCGUUAUGGUGUUGUUGAACAAUCUGAUGAACAAUAUGAUAAAGUUCUACGAUGUGGACUCGACGACAUUAAAUGAUCUAAUUGAAGAUGAACAUGUUAAGGAGAGUAAAAUUGAGGAUGGAAAAAGAGAAGAGAAAAGGACUAUUUUUAAUUAUUAUGAAUAUAUAUAUGAAUGUAUCGAAAUAUUUAUAGAAGACAACAUAUCAAUCGUUGACAAAUGCCACAAAUACAAUCUGAAUACGCAUAACUUAAAUAAUGAUUAUUUAAAUAAGCUAAUAAAUGAUGGAAAAAACAAAAAAUAUGCACAAAAAAAAAAACAAAAGGAAGCGGCAAAACAAAGAAGAUUAACAAUAAAGAAAUAUACGUAA